AUGGGCCCUCAAGGGUUCAAAUUUACUUGGCUGUGUGAACUUCUCGAUACUCUCGAUGCCGCUCGCAAAGAGAGAUGUCUCACCUCGAAUCGAAACGUCAACCUGGAUGUCAAAUAUACUACAGAAUGGUUCAUCAAGUACAAUGGAGUCAUCCCUCGCCAUGGACCUGCGGCCGCUGCGUUCUUGUCAUGUCUUCUCCCCGAACGCCUUCCAAAACGGAGUUAUAGUAUGCAGGAGGCAGCCCUUGCCAAUGUCUGGGCGAGGAUCCGUCGAUUGCCAGCUGCGUCUGUCAAGAAACUGAAAGCGUGGAAAUCGGCAGAAACCGACUUGGCAACCACCGUCGAGCAUGUCUUUGCAGACUUUGACGACAACGUCGACGUGUACAACGGUCCUGUCACUUUGGAGGAGAUUGACCGCGCUCUCUUCCAGCUUGCCGCCAAUUCAGCAUUCUCAUCGCCAGAGAUCCGUAACUAUAAAAAUUCUCAAACACAAGGCGACAUCCUCGCUCCCAUAGUGCGACGUUUGAAAAGUUCCGAAGCAAAAUGGCUCGUCCGCAUGGUUCUCAAACGCUAUACUCCUGUACAACUGCCGGAACGUACUGUCCUGCGCUCUUUCCACUUCCUCCUUCCACAUAUCAUGGCUGUGCGAAAUUCCAUCGAGAGUGCGGUUGAUGUUCUCACGCUCAAGGAACUGCAAGGUAUCCCCGCAAACCCAAGUCCAGCUGAUGAGUCUUGGAUUCUUAGACUAUGUGCACAUUAUAUCAUCCCAGGAUUAGGUGCCAUGAUCACUCGGACAUCUUUCGUGAAAGCGAGAACCAUCAAGCACUGUUGCAACGAGGCUCGAAACCGAACUAUGAGUGUUGAGCGCAAAUACGAUGGCGAAUACUGUCAAGUCCACAUUGAUCUUACAAAGGAGGUGUCGUCACAAAUCCAGAUCUUUUCAAAAAGCGGCAAAGACUCCACGAGAGAUCGAAUACGCCUUCAGCCUGCUCUCAGGAAAGGUCUUAGAAUUGGUGAGCAAGAUUGUGCGUUUUCUCGAAAUUGUAUUGUGGAAGGCGAGCUUUUGAUAUAUAAUCGGUCAACGAGAUCCGUGAUGCCUUUCCACGCCAUUCGAAAGCACAUACUCCAUGGCGGAAAGCCUCUCGGAACAGAGAUGGACUCUCCUCGGAAACCUGAUGAGCAAAUCAUGUUUGUGUUUUACGAUAUUAUGUUCCUUGAUGACAUGAUAUUGAGUCAGAGACCUCAUCAUGAACGAAGAAAACGUCUUGAACAGAUUGUCAGAACCGUGGAAGGAGAAUCCGAAGUCGCGUACCGACGGGUCAUCAAUUUCAGUAACAGUGACGCAAGACGAGGACUGCUCGACAUUUUUGCGAAUGCUAUUCAGCGUAGAUGGGAAGGCCUCGUGCUCAAAGGUUGUGAUGACCCAUACUUUUCAUUCCUCUACUCUCAAAGCGUCCUCAAGCUCAAGAAGGACUACAUCAAAGGGUGUGGAGAUGUGGUUGACCUUUGUGUCAUUGGUGGUCGACGAGAUCCCAGAAUUAUUGAACAACUUCAAUUGGGGCCACUCUCAUGGACGACAUUCUACAUCGCCUGCCUUGAGAACAAGGAGGAGGUACGCAGGUUUGAUGCAAAACCAAUCUUUCGCAUAUUGCAGACUGUGUCUUCCCCUGGUGUACCCAAGGAAGACAUACUGCAUUUCAAUGCACAGGGCCAAUUAUUUAAAGUCCCAUUUGCGAAUUCGAUCGAUCAGUAUGUGGUUUGGACUGACGCUAAGGAGAUGACUGACAUGGAAGCACCUUCUGAGUUGUUCAAAGUGCCGUUCAUUGUCGAAAUUAUGGGUGCUGGCUUUGAACGUCCACAAAAUGCCAGAUAUAUGGUGCCACGGUUUCCUCGAGUGAUGAAAGUGCAUUCUGAUAGGACAUUCUUGGAAACCAGUUCCUUCGAGGAAGUGCAGAAGCAGGCAGAACAGAGUAUGGAAGAGAUAUCCGUUCAGGAGAGCCAGGAAGAGGUCGAUUGGAUAGCGCGGUUGACUGCAGCUGAUGGCAAACACGCUCGUUUUCACUCGGUAUCCGAGAGAACAGCCAGCCCUUCUGUGAGCACCCUAUCUAAUUCUUUGAAUAAGACGACUCAGACCAGCGACACACCCUGCAAGAUACGACCUGUGUCUAACGAAGACGGCAAUCUUCACAACACCGAAAACAAUUCUUCACACUUUGGAAGUAACGCGAUCUCGCCCAGUGCUGUCAUGGCAUCGGGACAAUCUCAACGCCGCAGUAGCCCUCCUCAUGUCAACGAGCUAUCUGUUCGAGACUCAGCUGCGAACAAUGCCAGCGGUCAGGCAUAUAAGACUUCAUCUGGUUCUCCCGUGAUUGCUUUACGGGCUGGGGACUCUUGCCAUACAUCGAAAAGAAAGUUGGCUGACAUUGAGCGCCCGGAUGAAGACGACCAAGACGCGAGACGUCGGAAGGUGUCCGCGGAAGUCACAAAUAUUUCGACCACUCGGUCCUUUGGGUCCAAUGGACGUUUGAAAGCCGACAAAGUCUCUUCUUUGCGCCACCACCCUAGCAGAAAUGUACACACAGGGCAAUCAACUAUGCUCAUCUACACUGAUGAAGUGAGGCCACACACCGGCCCUGUUAUAGGAAGUCCAAGUCCUUCGAUGUCCAACAUUCAUAGGUUUCCGAAUCACAGGCAGCCCUUCGAGCCUCCAGCAGUUUUUCGGCCUCCGUCAAGAAGACAUAGAGCACGGCAUGAGCUCGUCAGCCAGUCAACAAACAUAACACCGCCCAAGGGCCGACAACGCCGUCCUCUUUCUGACUUGUCAGCCGGAUCAACUCAACGUGGACGUGACGAAUUGCCCGACAGUCUGAGUCGGGAUAUGUCAGACAAGGAGAAUCCUGGGAAAUUGCCGUCCUCUGGCGAACACUCCACGAAUGGGAUGGCAGGUGAUGGCCCGAUGGAGAACGGCAGCAACGAAAAUCACGACUGCGUUGCUGAUGCUCUGCUAGAUAAGGACGGCAUUUUCAGCGAAGGCGAGAAGAGACAGAAGCUCCCAGAUCACGCACCACGGAAGGAAACCGAUGCAAGUACACUGAGCGAGACUAAAGCUCCUGUCCGGAUCCCCCAGCUUCGCAUUACUGAUUUCGCCAGUUAUAUUCUAUGUUCUCACUGGUCGCCUCUUCAAAAGGAGCUCGCUGUUCGAAAUGGCUCUAUUCCACGGUCUGUCAGAAAGAGCGAGUUUCUAGUAGGACGCCUACUGCUCGCCCGGUUGCUGGACUGCUCGGGACCGGAAGACAUAGCGAAAGAGAUCUACCAAGUUGUUAAGACAGUCUCCGUUCUUCGUUCCCGCCUGAUGAGUCGCGGGCUGAGCAGCUCGAAAAGCCGUCCUGAUAGCUCUCGUCCCAGGGAGAGGAGGCAACGGAGACUUGUCGUCUUCUACGACAUGCAAGCCCUGGCUUUGAUGCCUACUGAGACGGUUCCUUGUCAGUGCGGUGAUUCGCAACUUUGUCAGUCUUGCUUGGCGUUGGUCAACUCAUCGCUACGUUACCACUUCAAAGGAGCCGUUCUUUUUUCGACUGGCAGGAGGUUCUGUCCGCCCGAGAUACCCCCUGAACGUGGAGUUGACUCUAGCAGCACGAGACCAGGUUUAGAUGGCAAUCUCAGAAAGGACAAACUCGUGGCAGAUGUCAUUACGGAUUGGCGGCAGGUCAUGGGUCUCUUGGAGAGUUUGUGUUGCGAUGAUGAUGGCAUCCUUGGAAGGGAAGAUUCAGUGUGA